AUGCUUUCCCGGAGUGCGCCCCGUCUGCUCCGUCUUUCUUCACGGUCCACUCCCCGGUUCACUACUGUCACAUCUCCCCAAUUCCGAGUAGCGGGAGCUGCAGUCCACCAAAGCUCCCCGGUUCCACGCCGGUCCCUUCACGCUUCCGCGGCCAGAGCUAAGGGCCUACAGCCUGACUCGGAAGACCCAAACCCACCAAAGACUCAGCCCCAUGCUGGUGGAGCUGCACACGUUACUGAGCCAUCCGAUCUGACACCGGAGGAGUACUAUGAUUACUCUGAGCAUUACUUCAAUGUGUUGAUCCAAGAGCUGGAGAAGACGCAAGAAGAGGGCUCAGAUAUCGAGGCCGAGUACAGCGCUGGUGUGCUCAAUAUUACCGUCCCAGCACUAGGAACCUUUGUCCUCAACAAGCAACCUCCCAACAAACAAAUAUGGCUCAGCUCACCUAUCUCUGGACCAAAGCGAUAUGACUGGAUCUUGGAGGGCGACCGCAUGGAUGAGAAGCAAGACACUCGCGAGUUUGCACACGGCCAGUGGGUCUACCUGCGUGAUGGAAGUAAUUUGACGGAGCUGUUGAAUUCGGAGUUGAGCGUGAAGCUGCCGAGAGAUAUCUACGGGGUUCUGCUUGAUCAGUAG